UACGACGCUGCCGUGUAUUGAUACGUUGGCUCUACCGAGUGAAGUGCGUCUCUUUGGAGCAGAUACCGGCUGCUCGUAACGCAGUAACAACAGAGUGAAAACGGCUCCUUGCUUGUUUUUCAGUCGGACUUACUGAAAGCACCGCACUUAUCCCCAACGGUGCGUUUAAUUUUACCCGAAAACUCGAUGUGGAACGUUGGCUGAAGGAAGAAAGGACCACGCUGGGGAAGCUCGUUCGAGUAGCUAGUUGCCUCCCGAAGCGACGCUUAACCAAAUCAAGGGGGGGUGUAUUCAACCCGAAAAUAUUGUGUGAAAAUGGACUAUGAUUUUAAAGUGAAGCUGACUGGUGAACGAGAACGUGUCGAGGACCUGUUCGAGUACGAAGGCUGCAAAGUGGGAAGAGGCACUUACGGUCAUGUAUACAAGGCAAAGAGAAAAGACGGGAAAGAUGAUAAGGACUACGCCCUCAAGCAGAUUGAAGGAACUGGCAUCUCCAUGUCAGCCUGCAGAGAGAUUGCUUUGCUCCGAGAGCUGAAACACCCUAACGUCAUCUCCCUGCAGAAAGUUUUCCUGUCACACGCUGACCGUAAAGUUUGGCUCCUCUUUGACUACGCAGAGCAUGACCUUUGGCACAUCAUCAAGUUUCACAGAGCGUCAAAGGCUAACAAGAAGCCACUUCAGCUUCCAAGAGGAAUGGUCAAGUCUCUGCUCUACCAGAUUCUGGAUGGCAUCCAUUAUCUACAUGCUAACUGGGUCCUUCAUAGAGACCUUAAACCAGCCAAUAUUUUAGUGAUGGGGGAAGGGCCAGAGAGAGGGAGAGUAAAGAUUGCUGACAUGGGAUUUGCACGCCUCUUCAAUUCACCACUGAAGCCUUUAGCCGAUCUGGACCCUGUGGUGGUCACUUUCUGGUACAGAGCACCUGAGCUACUUCUGGGAGCUCGCCAUUAUACCAAAGCCAUCGACAUUUGGGCGAUUGGCUGCAUCUUUGCUGAGCUGCUCACGUCUGAACCGAUAUUCCACUGUCGCCAGGAAGAUAUCAAGACCAGUAACCCGUACCACCAUGACCAACUAGACCGUAUAUUUAACGUCAUGGGUUUCCCUGCAGACAAAGACUGGGAAGACAUUAAAAAGAUGCCCGAGCACUCGACACUGAUGAAAGACUUCAGGAGGAACACCUACACAAACUGCAGCCUUAUAAAGUACAUGGAGAAACACAAAGUUAAACCAGACAGCAAAGCAUUCCACUUGCUGCAAAAGCUCUUGACCAUGGACCCCAUCCGUAGAAUUACGUCAGAACAGGCCAUGCAGGACCCUUACUUUUUGGAGGAGCCGCUCCCCACAUCUGAUGUUUUUGCUGGCUGUCAGAUCCCUUACCCCAAGAGAGAGUUUCUAACUGAGGAGGAACCAGAGGACAAGGCAGACAAAGUAAGGAGAGAAUGUAAAAACCAGCAGCAGCAACAGGGAAACAACCACACAAACGGAGCAGGGCACACGGGAAACCCUGACAAUAGCCACGCCCAGGGUCCGCCUCUGAAGAAGGUGCGAGUUGUCCCCCCCACCACUACCUCAGGUGGCCUCAUCAUGACCUCAGACUACCAGCGAUCUAAUCCACAUGCUGCCUACCAGAACCCUGGACCAAGCACAUCACUGCCCCAGAGCAGCAUGGGAUAUUCCUCUACCUCCCAACCGCCACCCCAGUACUCGCACCAGGGCCAUCGCUACUGAGACCAUACAAACUCACGCACCCAUACACACAACCACAAACAGCCCCUUCCUGAAAGAAUGUACUGAUGGAGGAGGACGUUCAUUGCAGAAAACCUCCCACCCUGCAGAGGGCUCCGUCUGUGCAGCAGUCCAUUAGGCCAGCAGGCCGACCCUUCUACCGUAGAAUUCGCCAUAACUCGUUUUUAAGACAGUACCACAUAGCACACUUACAGAAUUCACCUAUGGGAGGAUGAGGAAGAACGGUUCUUUCAGUUUGAAAAGCUUUGUUUACUCAAACCAGCCAGGAGAAGGCCUCCCCUCUUCUGUCUCCACAACCCUCUCCCGCCGCCUCAGCCGUGGAACCUCAUCCUGUCAGUGCCGGAUGAGACUAAAAGCUGCUAUGUGACUGCCAGCGUGGACAGAUUCCCUGUCUGUCCGUCCUUCUGUUUUGUGUGUAUGUGUUUGCAGCCCUGUGAGGGCCAUAGCUUAGGACUGAACUGAGCUGCUAUGAAGCACGCUGGGAGGUUGCAGAGACCCUAACAGCUGUGGAGUUGAAGGUUUUUGUUCAGAAAGGACAAAAAGUGAUUUGAUUUUAGUAGUUUCUAAUUUAAUGUUUUUUUUCACAGUCUUGUUUUCACUGUGAGUGUGACAGAGCAGCUUCACACUGGCAAAGUGCUCAGCUGCUGUGGACAAGCAAGCCUUACAAGGUGACGACAAAACCAACCAAUCGCAUGGAGGAAGGCAGGCGGAAAUGCAUUGUACUGUAUUGUAUUGAAAUAUUUUACAUGAAGCAAGUAUACCAACAAUA